CAGAACUCUCUUGUUUCCUCUCAAGUCAGUGAUAAUUUACAUCAUACAUUUUCAUUAUCAUCACAAAUUAACAUACUUGUUUAAUUGUUGGAGAUUUGCUGUAGCAUGUGACAUAGCACAGCAGUAAGCCUAAGCUGGUUUGGGCAGUGUGUUUAUACAAUGUAGAAACCUAAGAUUCUACAAAUAACCUUUUAAUUCAAUAACAGGUAUUUCUAUCAACAUUUUUGCUUUUUAUAAUAAACAUGUCUUUGCAGUUAUAUUAGUUUCAAUGGCACGUGUGCUUCAGAAGUAGCUAAUACAGGCUACACCUCAAUUGAUUAAAAACAUAAUUUCUGGUGCUCCUAAUGUUUAUGUUGUGCUCUUAACGUUUGUGCUCUUAACAGCAGUGCUACCAAUGGAAAAACGUUGUCAGUAGGCUUCAUGUUCCAACUCAUUCUGUGUGCGUGCCCCCUCCAGAUUUUUUUUAAGCUUAAGAGGUAUGCUUAGAUAUGCAUAAAAAUAUAUAUCUUUUUUUACAUACUGUAAAAUUAAGCAUGUUUUGAGUGCGCCCCCUCAGAUAUUUGGGGUGCAUGAGGCCGUGGAACAUUUGUAUAGCUAACAAGCUCUGCCAAGACGAAGUGAAGACUACUUUUUGUCAAGGGAAUUUUCACUGUGUAUGUACUUUUAUUUGGCUCUGGUACGAGACUUUCUGUGACAGACAAUACCGUGCAAAAACCCAAAGUGACGGUCUACUCAGAGUCCAACCAUGAGUCGAAGGUGAACACCCUGCUAUGUCUGGCUGGAGACAUGUUUCCAGACUUGGUCAAGAUCUCAUGGAAGCUGGAGGAUGAAAACGGCAAAGCAGUCGAGGUGCCUAAAGCAGAGGGGGAACAGCUGGAGCAGAGGGAGGAAGGACGGAUGACCAGUAUGAUCAUCAUUGAUAAAGAGAAGAUGGACAGGAACAAAUACAUCUGUUCUGUGGCGCAUGAAGGGGGCCCUCAAGAUGUUUACAUGCUAAAAGAUAAACCAACUGAAGCUCCGCGAACCACCGUGGCUGCACCAACCUGUCUGUUCAGAAAUGACACGCAGCAGUCACAGACUCUACAUCUUGCCGACGAAUCCUUCCAGUCAACAUUUAGUCUGAACCUGGCCUCUCUGGUUUACACAGUGAUGAUAAUGAAGAGCAUGGUGUACUGCUGUGGGCUCUCUAUCCUGCUGCACCACAGGAGCUUGGGAAGAGGACCCAGCACCUGUAGACACAUUCAUUGAAAGGAGACCACCCCCCAUGUAUGGAUAGAAUUGUAGAGGGCGGUAAACAACAUGGACUUUACAUCCCAUUGAGGUCUAACAUUUCAUUUGUAUUGCUUUUAUUUUUCCUGCUUUAUUUUCUAGAUGCUACAAUAUUGUGAGCCAUAGUUUUCCAUGUCUUCUAAUAGCUUCAACUGCCAAAUAUGACAAUUGCAGCACAUUUAAUUUUGUAUAUGGAGUAAUGUUACCCUCCUUAUGUGGGAGCUACCCACUGCAGACACAUGAAUAAAGGUUUUCUGGAAAAUAAGCAGAGCAAAUCUUGAAUGUAAAUAAAUUAUGAUUUUAAUUGAGACUUUUUUUGGUAAAGUUGCCCUGCAAUAUGUCAGAGGUAGGCCUAAAUUAUACUCACAACCUGUAUUUAAUUUAUACAAAAUAUGUACCUAAAUGUGUAGGCCCAUGAGUUCUAAAUCAUUAUCAAAUAUAAUAUGUUGUAACUUGUCUUGUAUUGAAGUGUAAUUUUUCUCAAUAAAUUAGUUUUUCUAACAUAGUAUUUCACAUCUUAAUUAAUGAAUAGGAGAAUCAAUUGUUGCUUUAAAUAUCUGAAUGCUGAGUGCUUAUUGAGCAUAAAAAUUGGGCUAUGCAAAAUCAUUUAUUUGUGCUUUUUUACAUUUAAUACAAUGUUUUUUUAUGCAGCUUUUAUGAAGAGUAACACAGCCUGCUCAAAUUAACCAAGUUGCUCAAAAUAAUAAUAUCCUUUCAGAUGAGGAUGGAUUUAAUAAACGCUGCCUUUGCGAAUGAAU